AUGCUCCUCGCAGCUUCUCUAUUAUCUUUUGUGAUACCGAUACAACGUGUAUGGGCUUUGAACAUAAGUUUUCCCUCCCCUCCAACGGCCGCUCAAGACAAUACCUUUCUUUGGACCCGAGAUCGGGAGGAUCCAGGGCGAGUCUGGGCGAGGACUCAGAAGCUCAAUGAAGAUGGAGAUUUUCGUGAUGCUUCAUGGUCUGAUGUUUCCGUACCAUUGGAUUUGUCAAAUUCGACCGGAAGCGCUCAGAUUUAUUUCGACAGAGCGGGCUUGUCCAACGUUGGGAGUUUCGAUAUGCCAGACAACCCAAAUGUCAACAAACUACUGCAACCUUACUCGUUUAGAAACUUCAACGUAUCCGUGAAUCCAACUUCUGCCGGCACCAUCAGUGGGACCUUGUCGACCCCACCAACUGUAUCGGCCUCUCCUACGGUUGGCAGUACUUCACCAACUCAAAUACCAUCGAACCAGAAAUUUGCACCUAACGUAGCCGUCAUCGUUGGCGUAAUUCUCGGAUUCGGAACCCUCGCCACUAUCGGGGCUAUCAUAUUGUACUUCCGCUACAGACGCCGACGGAUAUCCGAUAUGAAGCCUCCGAGUGUGACGCCAUUUUCUAAUACAAAGGAUUAUAAAAUAACACGUACGGAUAUAAAGGAACGGAAGAGGCAGAUGAUUGGACAGAGAGAACGCCUUGAACGUGAGUUAGAGGCAUAUGAGCAAGCGUCCCAAGUGUCGAACUCGAGAACUGGGACUGUUCCUGAUGAUAUCAAUGGAUCAAAUGAGGAAGAUGAGAUUAUACAAGUAUCUCGUCGUCAGCUGGGGCUGUUAACACAACGAAUAGCGGCUUUGGAGGCAUUCACAAUGGCACCUCCUGAUUACAGCUCCUGUACGAGCGGAUGA